UUUUUCCGCGAUUUUUAUUCAAACACGUGCCCGUUUCACAUUUUUCUUAUACAACAGGGCAUGACUCAAUCACACCAUUGCAAUUUUUACAUAAUUGACGCGUUUAACGUAACGUAAAAAUCGGGAAUGACGCAUAGCCCAAUGGCUUGAAAAAAAUUGGAUGCAGCGUCCGAUAACCUCAUUUUUUGUUCAGUUAGUAUAUAACCGAAAUGGCUUUAUUUAAGUCGUCAACUUUAUCUUCUAUCUUGCGUUGUACAAAAAACGUGAAAAUAUUACGACCAGCGUCAUCCACCACCACUGACCAGGAGCCUUCACGUGUCGAAAAAAGUAUCAAUAGUGUCCAACUUUUGGGCCGUGUGGGGGCUGACCCCCAGAAAAAGGGGUCAGAGGAGCACCCCAUUGCAGUUUUUUCUCUAGCGACUCACACCAAUUAUCGGUACGAAUCGGGGCAAUUUAUGCAACGUACGGAAUGGCACCGAGUGAUUUGCUUCAAACCCGGCUUAAGAGAGACAAUUUUGAAUUAUUUGAAGAAGGGGCAAAGGGUGCACGUUACUGGUCGUAUCACCUACGGGGAAAUUACGGGAGAGGAUGGAAAACCAAAGUCAACAACGGCCAUAGCAGCAGACGAUGUCAUUUUCUUCCAAUCAAGCCCGCAAUAGGUUCGGUGAUUAAAACACUACAUUUUAAGAUCUGGUAGUUUAUUUAGAUAAAAAAGUACAGUUAUUUUCGUAUUAAAACUACAAGUAAUAACA